AAUGCAGUUAGUCAGUAGCCUCGAUACAUAACGGAAUGGCAGAGAUCGAAGGAAAGUCGCGUAUUGCAAUUAUCGGAGGCGGUUUGGUUGGAGCAUUAGCCGCGUGUUUUUUCGCUAAAAGAAAUCAUCAGGUAGUCAUCUAUGAAUAUCGGUCAGAUUUACGAAUGGAAGAUUCAUCUGGUCAAAGUAUUAACCUAGCGCUAUCAUUUCGCGGCCGAGAGGCUCUAAGGGCGGUUGGUCUUGAAGAUAUUUUGGUGAAACAGCACGGUACCUGCAUGCGCGGCAGAAUGCUUCACGAUAAGAAUGGCAAUCUGAAAGAAGUCCUUUACGAUAGUGUCAAAGGAAAUUGCAUCUACUCCAUUAGCAGGCGACAUCUUAAUAAGAUUCUAUUGGAUGCCGCGGAGAAAUAUCCAAACGUGCAAAUAAAUUUCAAUAAAAAGCUCGUGGACGCCGAUUUGGAGAAGGGAAAAAUGAAAUUUUUAAAUAUGAAAACGGGAGCGAUAGAAAAUACAGAGACUGAUUUGAUAAUUGGCGCUGAUGGUGCGUACUCGAAAGUACGAAAAAUUAUGGCCAAAAGACCGCUCUUUAAUUGCUCUCAAACGUAUAUCGAGCACGGAUACGUGGAACUUUCCGUGCCGUCUGGAAAAAAUAACGAGUUUGCGAUGAGCGGUAACAAUCUUCAUAUUUGGCCGCGUGGUGAAUUUAUGAUGACCUCAUUGCCGAACGAAGAUCACACAUUCACCGGCAAUUUGUUCGCUCCUUUCCACGUGCUAGAAAAACUAAAGACGCCCGAGGCGUUGUUGAGAUUCUGCGCUGAGUAUUUCCCGGAUCUUUUGCGACUAAUCGGCGAACAGAGAUUGGUGCAACAGUUUUUCGAAAAAGAACCGCAAACGUUAAUAUCGAUUAAGUGUAAACCUUAUCAUGUUGAGAAAACUGCUCUUAUAGUCGGCGAUGCAGCACAUGCGAUGGUUCCUUUUUACGCUCAAGGAAUGAAUGCUGGGUUUGAAGAUGUUUUAUUGCUCGAUGAAUUAAUGGAAUGCUACAAUUCGGACUUCACUAAAAUUCUACCGAAAUUUUCGGAAUUACGAUGCGACGAUGGCCAUGCAAUAUGCGACCUCGCAAUGUAUAAUUAUCUGGAGAUGAGAGAUUUAGUGAUGAGAAAAUCUUUCCUUCUACGAAAAUUUGUGGACAAAGUUUUGUACAUGUUCAGUCCCAAUUCCUGGAUACCGCUUUAUUCCAGUGUGCACUUUACUCGCAUGAGUUUUCGCGACUGCAUAGCCCAUAAAGAAUGGCAGGACAAGGUAUUAAAAGUGAGUCUUUGGUGUUUUGGAAUUUUUGUUAUCGCCGUUUUAGCUAUUUCUCUGUCGCAAAGUACCAUAUGAAUGCGAUCGCUUGUCAAAUCCCAUUUAUAAGUUAUGAUCUAAUGAUAAUAAAAAUAUAAUUAAUAAAAC